CCUCAACACCGUCUGCCCAGGUUCGCCAUUGCAUCUAUCGCUCCAUUCUCUUUGACCGGUUAUUUGUGACUUUCUGUUCGCGGCGUCCUGCUCAUGUUGCUGGCAGGCGGCUUGUUGGCUCCCCCACACGUGCCAGCGCCCCUGACAGCGUAAUAGACGCCGGCAUUCCAGCCAUCUCCGCAGACCCAUAAGGUCCGCGUCCCGGAAGGAAGUCUAAUCGAAGCUCGCAGCAUCUCUCGAUUGCAGUGCUAUCCAGGUUGACCUCGUCAUGGCGGAGUCUGCAUCGUUCGCAAACCCUGAAUCCCUCACGGUCCUGUCAGAUGCAGUAAAUCAAACACUCAUUGAUACGGGACGCUUCUUCAAGACGUCGGGCUCGAUUUAUUCCCGUGCACAAUUGAAAACUUCUAUCCCCGCAUCAUACGAAAGAUUCCAGACAGCUUUGGACAAUCUCUCUGAGCAGAUAUUCAUUGCCAAGGCAUUUCUGGAAAAAGAUUAUGAAGGCAUCACUGCGAAGAGAACAGCCCCGAAAGCUGAGCCUGUCCAUCCGCCGGCUGAAGAUGUGGCCAUGUCAGAGGCACCGCCUGCUGUGGUAGAUGAGCCGGCCGAAGAUAUUGUCCAGCAGCCCGAUCUACCUGAACCACCUAUUAAGACGGAAGCUGCCGUUGUCUCGGAAGUUAUCCCAUUACAGACCACGGAGACUGAGCAAGAGCAGCCUGACGCCACUGCCAAGAUCGAUAAUAUCAAACAAGACAAUACCAUAAAUAGCAGCAACCAAGAGCUGCCAGUGACCACAGCGGAUGACUUGAAUUUUGAUUCCAUGAUUUCCACAGAUGGUGGCAACGGCAACGAAUUCGACCUGAAUUUCAACUUCGGCAACGACGAUAUUGGCAAUCAGAAUUUCCUCGAGGGGACCAAUUUCCUCCCUCCAGGGACGGCCAUGGCUGAAGGCACAAGUAAUAAUGACCCCGGGCCAAACUCCAUCAGCUCGCUUCUUCCGGGCCUGGAGAGCUAUGCUGUGGAUAACAAUGCUGGUGGGGACUUUAACUUGGAAUUGCAGAAGCUUGAACAACCGAGCGUUCAGGAAGAUAUGCUGGUGCCAGGCGAAUCUAGCUUCGAUGAUUUGUUCCUGGAGAAGGACCAUCUCGAGGGAGAGGACAACCUGCUUAGUGGCGAUGGGUUGAUGGAGCUGGGAGAGCUAGACGAAAAUUGGUUUUAAUAGAUUUUAGUCAGCUCUCAUCAUGAACUUAAUACCAACAUUUUUAAUAAUUUACAAUCCCAUAUUCUAGAUAUGCAUCUUCCCUCCUUUUCUACUACUGUCC